GGCCCUGCCCGCAUCUGCCCCGCUCGCAUCCGCAGAUCAUAUCCGUGUCGGCGCGACCAGAUCUCUCUCUGUUCUGUCGCAGCUCAGUCGGUUGCCUCAGUUCCGCAUCUCCACCUCUCCCGAACGUUGCUUCAACUUCCAAGAGCCAUGUCAGAGGCCAACUACUCUAGCGAGGAGCAGCCCCAGCUCGAUGUCUCGGCAAACGCCUACCCUCACUCGACCUCUCCGGACAACCAAAAUGAACAUGGCGGGUUUUCUGAGCGAGGACGCUCCAAAUCACCCACACACCGCCAAUCUGAAAGGGCAAGCAGCCCCGACACCCAGAACCCUGGAAACAACCUGUUUAUCAGCGGUCUUUCGCAGCGCACCCGCGAGGAAGACCUAGAGGGCAUAUUCCAUAAGUUUGGUCCGAUCAAAAAAUGCAACAUUGUUUACGAUCCCCACAGCCGCGUUUCCAGAGGCUUUGCCUUUAUUACCUUUGAGGAGGUUUCAUCCGCCGAUAAGGUCGUCACAGCGAGCACAUCUGGCGAAGUAUUCGAGAUUCACGGCAAGAUCCUUUCCGUCCAAAAGGCUCGUCGCAACCGCCCUCGUACCCCUACUCCUGGGCAGUAUCAAGGCUCGGAGCGCAACAGAUCGACCCAUCAUCCCUACCGCCGACCCGGCGAUCGUUUCGAUGAGCGACGCGAUUUCCCUGCUCGCCUUGACCGUCGCGAGCCCUAUCCUCGAAACGAUCGCUACGACGAUCGACGCUACGAUGAGCGACGCUACGAUGACCGCCGCUUUGAUGAUAGACGAUACGAUCGCGACGCCUAUGAUCGAUAUGGCCCCGCUGAUCGCGGGUUUGACCGAGUGGAUCGAAGAAGGGAAGAGCCCGAUCGCUACCGCGGCUAUGAUGACCGCGAUAGACGGAUGCGAUAAAUGCAUUUGUGGCGAUACCGGCGAGGGGGGGGGUGCUGAGAUCGAUGUCCGGCAUUUCUGGAUCCUGAAUGAAUACAGAUACACUUAAUUCAGGGGGAAAUGGGCCACCGCCCUUUCCAUAAACAUGUAUGCGAUGGCAUGCGUCAAGCAAUGCCAUAAGAAAUAUAACAGAUCACUUUGGCAG